GUCCGGUAUACCAGGAUGCCUUGCGGGGUGGCGGCGGAAGUUGUUGUUAGCUGACUGAGCCCUGAGUGGGUUGAUGGGGAGGAGGAGGAGGAGGCAGUCACAACUUGUUGUGUUAACACAGCGUACUGCCCCCUUCAGGUCACCACCAUGUAUACACUGCUGUCUGGGCUUUAUAAGUACAUGUUCCAGAAGGACGAGUACUGUAUCCUGAUCCUGGGACUGGACAAUGCCGGCAAGACGACAUUUCUAGAACAGACCAAAAUCCGAUUCUGCCGCAACUACAAGGGGAUGAGCCUCAAUAAGAUCACAACGACUGUGGGUCUGAACAUUGGAACCAUUGAUGUGGGGAAGGUCCGUCUGAUGUUCUGGGACCUUGGGGGACAAGAGGAGCUUCAGUCUUUAUGGGAUAAGUAUUAUGCAGAGUCCCACGGAGUGAUAUAUGUCAUUGAUUCCACCGAUGAGACGCGCCUCUCCGAGUCCAAACGUGCUUUUGAGAAGAUGAUCAGCAGUGAAGCGCUGGAAGGUGUGCCCAUCCUGGUCUUGGCAAAUAAACAAGAUGUGGAGGGCUGUCUAUCCAUUCCUGACAUCAAAACUGCCUUCAGUGAUUGCAUAAAUAAGAUUGGCAAGAGGGACUGCUUGACCCAGGCCUGUUCUGCUCUCUCUGGGAAGGGAGUGAAUGAAGGAGUGGAGUGGAUGGUGAAGUGCGUUGUGAGAAACAUCCAUCGCCCCCCAAGACAGAAGGACAUCACAUAGAGAUGCUUCUAGCAGCAGAAAGUGAUGGGAGAUGAUGAUGAUGAUGAUAAUGAGGCGCAGAGCUGUGAACACCCAUCCAGCAGACUGGAAUGUAUAUAUACUCCUCCAGAUGUGUAGAUAAUUUAUAUAGAGCGCUAUUUAUGUCCUUCCUUCCUAUGAACUCCUCUGCACUUCGGGUGAUGUAAUCUGUACAGUGACAGUCUCUCUAGAAUUGCGCCUUUGUUAUGGCUGCAUGUGACCAAAGAGGAAGUUGCUGUGUACUAGUGGCUGCCACUAGGGUAACAUCCAUGUCCGUCUGCCACUAGGGGAAGCAGUUGUAUUAAACAUCAUUAUUAUGUA